AAACAAAAAAAAACCCAACUCUUCCCAUUCCAUAACACGGUUUCAUUCUUCACCCAUUUCAGAAUCCAAAUCAAAAUCUCACUCUUCCAAAUCCUGAAAUGGCCAAAUCAAAACCUCACCUUUUCUUCCCUGAUUGAAACCUCAUCCUCUCUUGUUCUUCCCCGUUCCCAAAUUGCAACACUUUUCACACCCAAAUCGAAUUCCUUGAAGAUCAACUGAAAGAAUCUGAAGUCAAAUCCCUCUGUCUCAAAGCAAACGAGAUCCUAGCAGCAAUGGCUAAAAGAAGGAAAUUGAGUAUUGGGCAUCGAGAAAAUAGUAAUGAAGGAAGACAGUCCAUUCCCACUAAUUCAAACUCAACCAAUGUGCAAGGAAGUAAUGGUGCAGAAACUGGUUCUGGUCCUAGUCAUACAGAAAGUGUCAUGCCUGAGUCUGUAGAAUCUCACUCAAUUCCUUCUGACAUAGAAGCUGAAGAAGAAGAAGAACGUAUUGUGGAAGGACCUAAACGACGUAGAGGUCCAACAAGAAUGUUAGAUAUAUGGGAAAUGGAGGAUGAUUUCAUAAUUGUUAAGUUGGAUAACUUUGGACGACCAAUUGGUGAUGAAGGGACAACUUUUACUCGUUACUUAGGUAGUAUUGUUAGAAGGUCUCAAUAUGCACCCAUCAACAUCAAAACUUGGAAAGAUAUGCCCUCAGAUAAUAAAAAAGCGAUGCUGAAACAAAUAGAGAAACGAUUUGAGUUUGUUCCUCCAAUAACCGAUGAAUUGCGAGAAAUGAUAAAAUCUGAUUUGAAUGAAAAAUGGAGACAAUGGAAGGGUGAUUUAAAGGCAACUGGAUUUGACCCAAGUAAAACAGUAGAUGAAAUUGUAUCUGGAAUUGAGUUACGUGAUGCUAGGAUUGACGAAGUUCAAUAUCGUGGGUUGGUUGAAUAUUGGUUCUCUGAUGAAGCAAAAAAAGCGAGCGCAAUCAAUAAACAAAAUCGUGCCAAGUAUCAGGAUGUCCAUUGUAUGGGGACAAAAAGUCUCCCAAAAUUUAUUGAUGAAAAGAUGAAAAAGGGAAAAGGAGUGAUGCCUGGACGUCAAGAUAUUUACAUUGAAACUCGCACACGUAAAGAUGGGUCAAUUGUCAAUGAAAAAGCUGCAAGAAUGAUUGAAGAACUAAAAAAACAUAGUAAUGAAGCUGGAACAUCUCAAUCAACUCAAAACAAUCAGGGUUCUAUGUCUUGGAAGGAUGACAUAUUUUCUAAAGUACAAGGAGCUGCAAAGAAGGGGCGCGUGCGAUGUAUGGGAAAGUUACCUAAAUCUAAAAAAUCAAAGGUUGAUUUGUCUGAAAAUGAAGAGCUGCGUGAUAGAGUUAAGACUAUGGAGGGCUUGUUAGCAAAUGUCAUGACUUUGAUUCAAAGUCGAUUUUCUGGAGAAGAUGUGAAUGAGAUAAUGCAAGUUGCUAGACAGGUUACUGAUGCUUCUAGUGUUCCUAACCCUUUGAAUUCCCCUAGUCCAAGCAAUAAUGAAAAUUAAUGAAAAUGGUGAAGAUGAGGAGGCUAAUAUGGAGACUUGAAGAUGAAAAUUUGAAAUUGGAAACUAGGCUAGACAUUGUUUUGGUUCUUUUCUCUAUUGACAUAGUUAUAUAUAAGGCUUUGUAUCCCGAAUAUGGAUUUGUCUUGUUUUGGUUAAUGCUCUAAAGUACAAUAGGAUUGACAUGA